UUGUCAAAGUGAGCAGCCAUUUCAUUCAAUGGUGAACACUUGUCUCAUUCAUAAAAACCAAGCAGAACCUUCCUAGCCUGCGAUGCCACGAGUUACAGAGGGGCGUGCAGCGGCCAAGAACCCUCCUUCCGCCAGUGUCGUGCCCCCAUCCACCCGCCCGCAGAAGGAAAGGAGCGGAAGGGAGAGAAAAGUGGCCGAAAAGGGCUUAUAUCCGAGCAUGUGUGUGGUGGUGGUGGUGGUGGCUGGUUGGCCUGCGAGCCGCGCCCCGCCAGCCCGCCCGGCGCCCUGUGCCGUGGUGUUCGGGAGAGAGAAAGAGAGAGAGGGAGGGAGAUAGACAGAGAGAGCCAUCACGGGUGUUCUCCUACUCGUCCCCCACAUCCUCCUCCGUCGUCGUCGUCGCAGUGGAUCUACCGCCAAGGGACACGCAGGAUUUUAGGAUACAGUGCACUGUGGCUUCGUACCUCCACCUCGCCUCCUCCUCCUACUCCUCCAGCAGCAGCAGCGAAGGAAGGGAGGAAGCCAUGAUCGUCUGCACGUAGAGGCGGAGGCGGUGAGUGUCAGCCAGGCAUUCGAAUGGCCGUCGAUGCUGACUGACUGACUACCUGAUGCGAGGAAGGACUGAUGCGGGAUGGAUGGAUGGAUGGAUGUAGUACUGCUGCUGCUGCGGAGAUGCGAAGUGAUUCACGGUGUGUGGCUGUGAAGUGACGAAGUGACUGACUGGUGGUGGUGGUGGUGGUGGUGAUGUAAGCUCAUGAAUCUCAGCAGUGACUAGGGAGGGUGUAUACAUGAAGUGACUGGAUGUGCCGCAGUACUCGAGAAGCUGCUGUAAAGUGAGACAGGCAACAUCGUUACGUGUAAAGUGACUGACAGAGAUAAGGUGAAGUAACGCAGCGAAGAGACCUGGCGAAGCUGUGGUGACUCAACAAGAUGAGCGUGUACAGUACUGUAGUGAGGCAACGUGGAGCGUGAAGUGACUCACUCUGACCUAAAGUGAAGCUUAGGAAGUCACUUAUCUAACGUGUACGUGAGGAAAGCUGCUUGUGUGUGCGUGUGACGUGGAAGUGGGUGACUUCCUGUGUACGUGAAGCGUGUGCACAUGCAUACACGGUGUUGUGGAGCGGCGGCUGAGGACAUGAUGCCCGACGCGUGCGUCCGGUGAUGUCGCAGGAUGGCCGGAGUCAAGGCGGGGGCGGCGCGGGUGGAUGUGGGGUGUCGGGCGCCCCCUCCAGCCCCCACGGGAGCCCCAUCACGCUGUCCGUGCCCCGCCCAGACCACCAGCGCACCACCAACCUCUAUGUUGAUACGCCCUUCAAGCACCGAGUGUCGCCCCUCGCACUCCCCUCUCACCAUCACAGCCGCACCCACGUGGACCUGGCCCUGGUGCACGGCGCGCCUGCACGCGUUAGCGGCAAGCGGCCCAAGUUGGGUUCGGGCGUGACCCCGUCUACGGGCAAGGGCGUCCCGACCAGCAGCAGCGGCAGCGGCUCCACCCUGCAGCAGCAACAGCAGCAGCAGCAGCAACAGCAGCAGCAGCAGCAGCCCGCCGGCAGCCGCACGCCGAUCAUUAGCAAGCAGCCGGCCGCCCUUACCUUCACCAAGAGUGGGAGGGAGGAGAACGAUGGGGAGUCCAUCAUCUGCUCGUGGUGUGGGCGGUGCCGGUGCCAGGCGUGCACCAAGCCCCGGCCGCUCCCCGCCGCCUGGCUCUGCCGCAAGAAGUGCCUCUGCUCGCCCGUUGCCGCCGUCGAAUUUGCUUCCUGCCUGUGCUGCGUGAAGGCCGUCCUCUACCACUGCACCAAAGACAGAGUGUCCGGCCACUCCCUGCUGGCCGACAACCCCUGCUCGUGUGGGGGCUGGGCCUGCCUCGCCCUGGCCGCCAUCCCGAUGCCCUGCCUCCUCUGCUACUGGCCGCUGACGGGGGCGCGCCACCUGCUGGAGAUGAUCUACCAGCGGUGCACGAGCCACGGCUGCCGCUGUCCCUAGGGAAGGGGCCCACGCCUCCAGCCCCUGCCGCCGCCGCCCCCAAAUUGAGAAACGGCCGCUCCACGACUGCGCGUGAGAGAAUUAGCGCCGCGCUGGCCGCCCACCACCGACGGCGGGCGGCCCGGCUCACCCUCUCAAGCUUUAAUACCCUCGGGCCAGGGUGGCCGCCCGGCCCCGCGCCCCCGCCGCCCCGUGGAGCGUCGCUGGGUGCUGGUGGGGCGGGCGCGGGCCCCUCCUAGUCAUGGCCGCGCCCGCCGGCCGUCGGCAGCCUCACGGGCACAUCAGGGAUCAAGGCCACGCCCACCAGUCCGCGGGCGGUGGAGGGGCGGCAGCAGGAGGCACCACAUCGUUAGUAAUUUAUUCACACGUUGAUUUGUUGAAGGAUGAAGCUCGUGGUGGAGGCGGCCCGCCGGCGCCGGAGUGCGGUGCCUCUAAGUGCCCCGUUCCGCCCCGCCCCGCCCCGGGGACGCCGCCAGGAUGAAUGGAGUGGGCCACCCCAGUACCUUCUAGUCGAUCAAUUAAUGUUGUUGCGCGAAUGUUGUUGUGGCGAAAAGACGGCCCGACCUCUCCCCUCGCUGGCGGAGUGAGCGGAAAGGGGGCGCCUCUCCCUCCCUCCCUCAGUGACUGGCACCAGCCUGGGGGAGGCCAGUGGGCCCCCGCUCCCCUGAGGCGGCACCGUUGGCAGGGCAGUGCACCGUAGCCUCACUCUGGCUUCCAUGGACGCGCUCAGUGACUUUUUUUGUGCGCGGCGAGCGUCUCUUCGCUGCCGCCUCACAGAAAACUUGGAAACCUUUAUGAAGAAAAUAUAUAUGCAUAUAUAAUAUAAUUAUAUACAGUGGGAGACAAGUGAAGCAGGUGGAGGCGGGCGUGCCAGUACGGGUCAGUGAGGAGGACGCCGCCGGAGGAAGACUUGGCGGCGACGACGUGACGUGCACGGCGGAGAGAAAGUCUAUUUUUGAGUGGACGUUGAAACAUGUUUUUUCGUCAGAUUUUAAUGAUAGUUAUUUGUUGAUGAGUCGUCGAGGCGAGUCGUUACGAGGGUCGUUAGUCAGUCCGAGAAUAUUUAGGAUGAGUCUUCCUCUCAUUGCCUGAGAGAGAGAUCGAGAGAGAGAGAGAGAGAGAGAGAGAGAGAGAGAGAGAGAGAGAGAGAGAGAGAGAGAGAGAGUGAAUGCGAGAGCUAGAGUGUGAGUCAAGUCAACCAGUCAGUCAGUCAAGUUAGUCAGUCGUAAACACUGGGACGUGACGAGCGAUUCCCGGUCUUCGGUACUACUGUCAUGAGGCUCAAUAUUGCGUGUCACAAACUCAGGGGUCUCGACCUCUGCCCCCUCCCCCUCCCCUAGCCAUACACACACACACACACACACACACACACACACACACACACACACACACACACACACACACACACACACACACACACACACCUGCUCCCAACACACUCCAGCCCCCACCCCUUCCCUCCCUCCGGUCCUCCCUCACCCCCUCCUCACACAAGCAUGAAGACUGACCACCAAAACGUUUGUCAGAUCCCAGAAAGUAUUUUUUUAUUGCCGUAGAAUAUUUAAUUAAACAAAAUGAUGAUAAAAAAAUAAAAUAAUAAUAAAGAGGUGAGGGCGUGGCAUUGUCUGCACCCCCACGGUGACUUGAUAUCCCGAGGGAGGCGAAGACGAAGAGAAGUGACGCACCUCUCCCCUCUCCCUCACUUCCCUACUGCUAUUACUACUUCAGCAGACAGUUUCUCGAGGGCUCAGAGGUCUGCUGAUUGUUCUUCCUUUGUGUUCCCUUGUACACUACCAUCUCCCUUCCCCCACUUUUUUUUUUUUUUUCUUAUUCAUUAUUUCCAUCGUGUAUCCUCUUCCAUAUCGAAUUCAUGUCAAGCACGCAGUCAUUUUCAUGUUUUUCACCCAUAUCAUUUUUUUUAUCAUCAUCACCAUCAUCAUCAUCAUCAUCAUCAUUCAUUGUUCAUAAUCAUAUUAAUAAUAAUAAUAAUAUUAAUAAUAAUGAUAAUAAUAAUAAUCUGCAUCAUAUCUUCCCUCUUUUUUUUUUUAGCAUGCAUUACAUAUUACAUUGUUUUUCUUCUUUUUCCUCCUACUCCUCCUCCUCCUCCUCCUCUUCCUCCACCUCCUCCUCCUCCUCGGGUGCGGGAGAGGCGUCGCUUUCUCGCCCUUGUUGAUGUGUUAAUAAGAUUUAUCGGACAAAUACUGAUUAUUUUCCUUCCCUUGUAAAGUUACUGUACAGAAUUGUCUAUGGAGAGAAAGAGAGCGAGUGAAUGAGUGAGCGAACAAGAUAAAAUAGUGUACGUACGUGAGGCUGCAUAAUGUGCAUGUGUGUGUGUGUACGUAUGUAUGCAUGUAUGUAUGUAUGUAUGUAUACGUAUGUGUAGGUGCGCGAGUGGCAAUUAUGAUCGGUGUAUAAUACUUUAUUGAGAAGCAAAAACAACUGCAGUCGUAUGUUUCAGAUACUAUAUCAGCAGUUACUGUAUGUAUGUAAAUAUCAUAAGAUACUGAGCAAUGAAACCAUAACAAAAAAAAAAAAUAAGAUGAAGAUUGA